UGGCUGGUUUUUAUGACCAAAAAGAAAAGUUGUUAAGUUGUUGUGGCUGCAGCAAACCUUCACCAUGCACUUGCUGCCCUCUGGAAUCCUAUUAGGCUUUUCUUAGUUGAAUUAACUAAACAAAUUAUAGGGAACUGACUGAGUGUUUGUUUAACAGUGUUUAGGAAAUAAUCACAUUUUGUUCACUUAAACAUUCUUCGUUCACUUAAAAUUAUGCUCAUAUUUGGAAAGUCGUUCACGAGCAGAUGGAGCAGACAUGGCGAGGGACAAUAGACAUGAAAAUAGGACGACCAGAGACCAGAGAGCAACUUGAUAGACAUUAGCAACUACAACUAAUAAUUAUAGUUAUAGAGACAGUGUGGCCAAAGAAUAGGUUUUUUUCCACAAACAAGAGUGAGGUGGUAGAAGUCAAGAGAAAAGCAUUUGCAAACAAAAAGCCUUGUGACAUAAUUCAUGCCAUAUAUGCAAAGUGCAUCACUUUAGUAAGUAUCGCCAUUUAAGCGACACACGAUGUAGUGACAAUAAGCUAACGAUUAUCUGGGGUUAGCAUGGAAUAAAGAGGCUUAAAAGAAAGACUUCCCAAUUCUCAAUCCCCAAGUAAUCUACUUUUUGAAUGGUAUAAAGCUAACUCUUCGACCUUGCAUCCAUCGCAUGCAGAGAGGUUCAACGUCACAUUUUGCAACACCUCAGGUCUGUCGUUUCAUUAAGAGAAGAUGGAGAAUGGCACAGAGGGCAAGAACUUCUACAUCCCCAUGAACAACCGGACGGGGCUUGUGAGGUCUCCUUAUGAAUAUCCACAGUUCUACCUGGGGGAGCCAAUUUUAUUCAAACUUCUUGCUGUCUACAUGUUCUUCCUGAUCUCCACUGGCUUACCCAUCAACGGUCUCACUCUGUUGGUCACAGCUCAGAACAAGAAGCUACGACAGCCUCUCAACUUCAUCCUCGUCAACCUGGCUGUGGCCGGCCUCAUCAUGGUCUGCUUUGGCUUCACCAUCACGUUCAUAACGUCAAUCUAUGGCUAUUUUGUCUUUGGACCAAUGGGUUGCGCCAUUGAGGGAUUCAUGGCCACGCUGGGAGGUCAAGUUGCUCUCUGGUCUCUGGUCGUCCUGGCUGUGGAGCGAUACAUUGUCGUCUGCAAACCAAUGGGAAGCUUCAAGUUCACUGGAACUCAUGCAGGAGUGGGAGUUGGUUUCACCUGGAUCAUGGCUCUCGCUUGUGCCGUCCCUCCACUGGUUGGCUGGUCCAGGUAUAUUCCUGAGGGUCUCCAGUGCUCUUGUGGACCAGACUACUACACUUUGGCCCCAGGCUUCAACAACGAGUCAUAUGUCAUGUACAUGUUCAUCUGCCACUUCUGCUUCCCAGUUGGAACCAUCUUUUUUACAUAUGGGAGCCUUGUGCUGACAGUCAAAGCUGCUGCAGCUCAGCAGCAAGACUCAGCCUCCACGCAGAAAGCCGAGAAGGAAGUGACACGCAUGUGUUUCCUGAUGGUGCUAGGCUUCCUUGUGGCCUGGACUCCAUACGCAAGCUUUGCGGCAUGGAUUUUCUUCAACAAGGGUGCUGCCUUCUCAGCCACAGCCAUGGCCAUCCCUGCCUUCUUCUCAAAGAGCUCAGCUAUAUUCAAUCCUGUUAUCUAUGUGCUGAUGAACAAACAGUUUCGUAGCUGCAUGCUCUCUGCAGUUGGCAUGGGCAAUUUGGUUGAAGAUGAGACCUCAGUAUCGACCAGCAAGACAGAAGUGUCCUCAGUCUCCUAAGAAUAAAAACUUGACUUCUCUGAACACCCUCUCUCCUUGUGUCCUCCAUUCUGAACAACUCACAUGGAAAGGAUAUGGAUACAAACAAACAAUCAACAAAUGGAGAUUAAUCUCAGGUCACAGAUCCAUGGCAGAAUUUAUCUGUGCAUACUCUUUUUUUUUUUAGUGUUUGAGUGUGUGUGUGUGUGUGUGUGUUUGUGUACUUGUGAACCAGUACAACAGGGGACCUCGGUGUCGUUACACACUCACAAAGAGGGGACGCCACGUUGAACAGGGGACAUUUUUCAAGUCCCGUUAGUCAUGGUAAAAGACCUUUAAAGUAAUUUUCUAUGCUAUUGUUUUUAUUUAAAAAUGACAAGAAACACAAGUCCCCUGUUAGUCAGUGAAGAAUGACAGUCCACUAUUAGCCUGGUUAACAUGUAUGUUUGUCUGUGUGUGUGGGUGGGUGGUUCAAUCGGGACUCAACAUCUGAACAAAACCCAAUAGAAUGUACAGUAUCACAAAUCUUGACAGAUGAUUGUAAAGCAUCUUUGUCUGGAUGAGUGAGCAGGUAAAUCACCUUUGUAUGAAUAUGAUGUGACAUUUGUUUGUUUGGGUCAUUUCAUUUUGUAUAUAUUUAUAAAUGAAAAAAGUGUAGAAAUUAUGUAUUAAAUGCAUGCAUGAAAAGACCUUUUGUUGUUUUUGUCCAAAUGUUACAAUGAUUUACAACAUCUGUAAAUGUUUUUGUGAUCAUUUUACAUCAUCAAUCGCUAGAUUGGGGUCUUCUACAGUGGAACAUAAGGUGAAUUUUGUGGAUUUUGUUUCCAUUUAGAGAUAAAUAGACAGCCCAUAAGGGUGGAUGGCAAUAUGACAGCUGGCAUCAUCCGGUAGAAUCCUGGUUGUAUGUUACAUCUCUGAACUUGCAGUUGGAAAACCUCAACAUGGCGCUGCUCUGUAGCGACCAAUCUGUACCAGAAACCUUAUUUGUUCUACAUAAAUGCAGCUACUUUCUGUUA